AUGAUCUUAUGGCAGAGAAGGAAGCUGUAUCUUCAAAAUGUGUCCAUUUGGUGAAAGACAAUCAAGUUCUUCAACAGGAGUUAUUAUCUAUGGAAAAAGUACAACAGGAAUGUGAAAAACUUGAGGAGGAUAAAAAGAUGUUGAAAGAACAAAUAUUAAAUCUUAAGACCCAUAUGGAAAACAAUAUGGCAGAACUUGGCAAAGUACAAGAAUAUAAAUCGGAGCUAGAUGAAAAGGCAAUGCAGGCAGUAGAAAAAUUACAAGAAAUCCAUUUACAGACACAAGCACAGUAUGAAAAACAAUUGGAGCAGUUAAGCAAGGAUAACAUGGCUUCACUAAAUAAGAAGGAACUCACACUUAAAGAUGUGGAAUGUAAAUUCUCCAAAAUGAAAACUGCUUAUGAAAAGGUUACAACCGAAUUAGAAGAAUAUAAGGAAGCCUUUGCAGCAACAUUGAAAGCUAACAAUUCCAUGUCAACAAAAAUAAUGAAAUCAAAUAAGAUAAUAGCAAUGAUCAGCACCAAGCUCCUUAUGGAGAAAGAGCGCAUGAAAAAUUUUCUCAGCACUCUUCCUACAAGACGAGACCCAGAGUCACCUUGUGUUAGAAAUCUUACUAGCAUAGGACUCAACAGAAAAUAUAUUCCCCAAAUGCCUAUCAGAAUUCCUACUUCAAACCCACAGACUUCAAAUAACUGCAAGAACUACUUGACUGAGGUUAGUUAUAUGACCGUUUCUCUUUUGGCUUUCAUUUCUCUAAUAUAAUUCUUGUUUGUAAUUUGGUGAAAUACUGAGUUGUUCUGUUGACUUAUGCAUGUUAAGUAAAGAUCAUAAUUAGCUAUGUUAACACAAAAAGGAAAUGGGAACUUUACAUUUUUUAAUUCCCCGGAGCUCUCAUUUUCAAGAGAUACCAAUUUGCUAACUUUAUUCAAUACAUGUGACUAAACUGA